AUGGCUUCCUCCUCCGUGGUCAGCUGUGUACCUCACUACCAAGUGUUCCUCAAUUUCCGUGGGGAUGAACUACGUAAUAGAUUCAUUAGCCAUCUGGAGAGGGCCUUGAAAGCUAAAAAUAUCAAUAUCUUCAUAGAUAGAAAUGCCCCAAAAGGCGAAUCUCUAGAUAUUUUUUUUGAGGAGAUCAAAAGGUCAAGAAUCGCCCUGGCAGUCUUUUCCCAAGGGUACACAGGGUCAGAUUGGUGCCUGAACGAGCUAGUUAAGAUUGGAGAACGCAUGGACGAAGGAAAUUUCGUGGCUAUUCCCAUCUUUUACAUGGUGGAGCCAAAGACGGUUAAACAUCAAGAAGGACCGUUCGGUGAUGUUUUGAGAAAGAAAAGAAGAAUUGUUGGUGAUGACCAGAUGAAAAAAUGGGAGGGGGCUUUUAAGUCUGUCUGUAACCGGAUAGGCUUCACGUUCGACGGGACGAGCAACGAGAGCAAGUUCAUUGAUGAAAUAGUCCAAGAGGUUUUGAAAGAGCUAAACAGAAUUCCAUCAGACGGGAGCUUAACUAGAUCAUUGGAUCAUUCACAAAACGCUGAAGGUCCCUUUGGAAAAACAGAGCCAGAGAUUUUUGGGCUUGAACAACGCCUUUUAGAGUUGCAAGAAAUGGUAGACAGUAAGAGAGACGAGACGCGUAUCAUCGGAGUCGUUGGGAUGCACGGCAUUGGCAAAACUACUCUAGUGAAUAAGUUCUUUGAGACUCGGAAAAGCCACUUCGUGAAACAUUGCUUACUCCGGGAUAUAAGUGAACUUGUAAAGUUCAAGGGAAGACGCUCAGAAUGCUUAACCGGGAUGCUCCUGAAGGGUUUGCUCGCAGAUGACAACAUAGACGAGGAAACAUACGAACCAUACAAGAAGAAACUCUGUAAAAACAAAGUUUUCAUUGUUCUCGAUGGGAUAAGUGAAAAGACACAGAUAGAAGUUCUUCUUAAGGAUCACCAUGACUGGACUAAGAAAGGAAGCAAGAUUGUGAUUGCAACAAAUGACAGAUCUUUGCUAGAGGGUUUUGUUCAGGAUGCUGAUAUUUACGAGGUACCGCAGUUGAACCACAGAGAUGGGUUAAAGCACUUUCAUCUAUAUGCCUUCUCCCAUAAUUCUGUGGCGCACAAGAACAACUACGAAAAGGAAACUUUCAAGAAGGUGUCAUCAAAGUUAGUGAGUUACGUAAGAGGCCACCCACUAGCUCUCCAGCUAUUGGGGGAAGAACUUUGUGAGAAACCCGUCGCUAAGUGGGAAGAGAAACUGAAUACACUCAGCCCAAGUAUUCGAAGUCGUGUCUUGCAAGUAAGUUAUGAUGAAUUGAGUCCGAAGUUGAAGGAUGCGUUUCUCGACAUAGCUUGUUUCAGAUCCCGUGAUUUGGUUUACGUGACGAGCAUACUGGAUUCAUCUGGUCCUGAAGCCAAGCUUAUAAUCGAAGCUCUCAAAGAUAAGUUCUUGAUCAAUACUUCUGACAGCAGCCGCUUAGAGAUGCAUGAUCUUUUGUAUAAUUUCGCUAAAGAGAUUUGCUCUGAAAGUCAAGGAAAAAGGCGACAUCAGCGCAACGCAAAUAAUGUUUUGCGGAAACAGGUGAGACUUCCAGGAGGUAACAACAAUGUUAGAGUCAUAGGUAUUUUCCUCGACUUAUCUCAGAUAAAGGAAGAAAUAACCUUAGGAGUUAAGCAUUUUAAGAAGAUGUGUGAUCUCCGAUACGUCAAGCUCUACAGCUCUCACUGUCCUCAACAAUGUAAACCUAACCAUAAGAUACGUAUUCCUGAGGGACUUGAUUUCCCAUUGGAAGAAAUUCGAUGUUUACAUUGGCUGAACUACCCACUGGAGGAACUUCCACCAAAUUUCAACCCCAAGAAUCUCGUCGACCUUAAGCUACCUUACAGCGAAAUUGAACAGAUUUGGAAGAAUAAGAAGGAUGCACCAAAACUCAAGUGGGUUGAUCUCAAUCACUCAAGUAAGUUGAACAGCUUAUCAGGGCUAUCAAAAGCUCAAAAUCUACAGCGAUUGAACCUUGAAGGCUGCACAGCCCUAAAAACAUUGGAUCCGGAUAUGCAAAAUAUGGAAAGUCUUGUUUUCCUGAAUCUGAAAGGAUGCACAGCCCUUGAGUCUUUUCCUGAUAUAACAUUGGUAUCACUGAAGACUCUCAUCCUCAGCAACUGCUCAAACCUUGAGAGUUUUCUUGUCAAUUCAGAAAUUUUAGAAGUUUUGUACUUGGAUGGCACUGCAAUAACUGAAGUUCCUACAACCAUGGUAAAGCUUGUGAAACUAAACAUGCAAGACUGCAAGAUGCUGAAAAGGCUUCCCGAAGAAUUUGACAAGCUGAAAGUUCUGCAAGAACUAGUAUGCUCUGGUUGUUCAAAGCUCAGUAGUCUCCCGGAUGUGAUGGAGAACAUGAAAUGCUUGCAGAUUUUACUGCUCGAUGGAACAGCAAUAACAAAGAUUCCUCACAUAUCCUCACUUGAGCGCUUAUGCUUAAGCGGAAACGAUCACAUCAGCCUUUCGGAUGACAUGAGUCAACUUUCUCAACUGAAAUGGUUGGACUUGAGGUACUGUAAGAAUCUUUUAUAUAUUCCAAAGCUUCCACCAAACCUUCAGUGCUUAGAUGCACAUGGGUGUGGUUCACUGAAAAGAGUUGCGAAUCCUGUGGCUACUCAUUUGCCAAUGGAGCAGAUUCAUUCCUCAUUCAUUUUCACCAACUGCGACAAAUUGGGACGAACUGCAAAGACGGAAAUCACAACCUAUGCUCAAAGGAAAUGCAUAAUGCUAUCGUAUGCACUAAAAUGCUGCGAUGAGGGUAUUGGUUCAGAGGCUUUGUUCAGCACUUGCUUUCCUGGGUGUGAAGUACCUUCAUGGUUUUGUCAUGAAGAAGUUGGAUCCACUUUAAAGCCCAAACUUCCCGCACAUUGGAACGAAAAUAAGUUUGUCGGGAUAGCUUUAUGUGCUGUUGUCUCCUCCCAAAACUGCGAAGAAGAAAUCAACUCUUUCUCGGUUACAUGUAAGUUUGACCUAGAGAAUAAAGAUAAGUUGCAGAUCUCCUUCGAUCGCCUGGUUGGACAUUGGAACAAACAUAGCAAGAAACCAGAGAAGAUGGCAUCAGACCAUGUUUUUAUUUGCUAUACCAGAUGCUCAAAUAACAUCAAAUGCCUUGAAGACACGCACUCAGGUACAUGUAUUCCAAUUACAGCUUCCCUUGAAUUUGGUGUGACAGAUGAGAAAGCUAAACUGGAGGUGCUCAAGUGCGGCUUAAGAUUGGUUUAUGCAUCUGAUGAACCCCAGAAGACAAACUCUGAUGUAACAGAGGUUUACAACACUUCACAAACGGAUGAGCAAAUCGAUCUUCAAAGUUUACCCCCAAUAAGGAAUGACAGUUUCAACAGUAAUGGAAAUGGAAGUGAUUCCAGUGUCCCUUACGAAGAGAGCUGAAUUGGGAGGUAACAUCCAUAACUGAUCAAGUGUGGUUGCCUAU